AACAAUGCUCAAACAUAGCCAAGAUAACCCAAAAAUUAGAAAGCAAAGACCCAAAAGAGAGACAAAGAUGGGGCGCAUGAACACAAUUUUUUUGGCACUAUUUGUUGCUUUGAUCACAAAGGAUGCCAUGGCAGAACAACAUGUAGUUGGUGGAAGCCAAGGUUGGGAUGAAUCCACAGACUUUAAUUCCUGGGUUUCAGGCCAAACAUUUAAGGUUGGAGAUCAACUUGUUUUCAAGUACUCUUCUUUGCAUAGUGUGGUUGAGCUAGGUAGUGAGAGUGAGUACAAGAAUUGUGAUAUUGGCAAUGCAGUGAACUCAAUGAGCAGUGGCAAUGAUGUUGUGAAACUGAGCAAGCCUGGCACACGUUACUUUGCAUGUGGCACAUUGGGGCAUUGUGGUCAAGGCAUGAAGGUGAAGAUUAAAACAGUGUCUGGGAACUCUUCCUCUUCUUCAUCAUCUUCUUCUUCUUCUUCACCUGCAUCAUCUUCAGCCUCACAGGGCUUCAUCUCUCUUGUGCUCAUUGUUGCUAUGUUGAUUGCCUCUCUUAACCAGUUUUGAUCCAUUUCUAGCAUGGACAUUUUUGCCAUGUAUUUCUUUGUUUAUGUUGAAAUAAUAUUCAUGUCAUGUUUCUUUCAAUCAUAUAUAGAACAGGGUUGCCACUUUUCCUCAUCUUGCAAUUUUGCUUUUAUUGGGGAAAAAUUAAAAAAAAAUUAUUAUAUGAAAUAUGUGAGGUACACGGUUUAUGUUUCAAACAAAUGAUUUUUUUUAAUGUAAUAAUUAUCCUUGAUUGUUUAGUAA